AUGGCUACUUUACCAGGAACAGUGCCUCGGAUGGUGCGCCCUGCGCCAGGCCAGAACUACCCCCGAACCGGCUUCCCUCUGGAAGUGUCCACCCCUCUGGGCCAGGGUAGGGUGAACCAGCUUGGCGGAGUGUUCAUCAACGGGAGGCCCCUGCCAAAUCACAUCCGACACAAGAUAGUGGAGAUGGCCCACCACGGCAUCCGACCCUGCGUAAUCUCGCGACAACUGCGAGUUUCUCACGGUUGUGUCUCCAAGAUCCUGUGCCGGUACCAAGAGACCGGCUCGAUCCGUCCGGGGGCCAUAGGAGGCAGCAAACCCAGGCAGGUGGCAACUCCUGACGUGGAGAAGCGGAUCGAGGAGUACAAGAGAGAAAACCCGGGUAUGUUCAGCUGGGAGAUCCGGGAUAAGCUGCUGAAGGACGGGGUGUGCGACAGAAGCACAGUUCCUUCAGGUGAGGCUUCAUCUGUGAGCUCCAUCAGCCGCGUUUUGAGGGCCCGAUUUGGCAAAAAAGAUGACGAGGAUGACUGUGAUAAGAAGGAUGAAGAUGGAGAAAAGAAAACAAAGCAUAGCAUCGAUGGCAUCCUCGGUGAUAAAUGUAACCGCACAGAUGAUGGUUCAGAUGUAGAUUCGGAGCCUGACUUGCCCCUGAAGAGGAAGCAGAGGCGCAGUCGCACCACCUUCACUGCUGAGCAGCUGGAGGAGCUGGAGAAGGCUUUUGAAAGGACACAUUACCCAGACAUCUACACCAGAGAGGAGCUGGCUCAGAGGACAAAACUCACAGAGGCGAGAGUACAGGUGUGGUUCAGCAACAGACGAGCUCGGUGGCGUAAACAGGCCGGGGCCAAUCAACUAGCGGCCUUCAACCACCUGCUUCCUGGAGGAUUCCCACCUACAGGCAUGCCAACUUUACCCACAUACCAGCUACCGGAGUCCAGCUACCCCAGCACCACGCUAUCGCAGGAGGGCAGCAGUACAUUGCACAGACCCCAGCCCCUGCCUCCAUCCUCCAUGCACCAGGGAGGUCUGAGUGCUGACAGCAGCUCUGCUUAUGGCCUGUCGUCCAAUCGCCACAGCUUCUCCAGCUACUCUGAUACUUUCAUGAGCCCUUCAGCAUCCAGCAACCACAUGAACCCUGUUGGCAACGGGCUCUCCCCACAGGUGAUGAGUAUCCUGAGUAACCCCAGCGCCGUACCCUCCCAGCCCCAGCACGACUUUUCCAUUUCCCCCCUGCACAGCAGCCUGGAGAGCUCCAACCCCAUCUCAGCCAGCUGCAGCCAGCGCUCUGACACCAUCAAGAGUGUGGACAGCCUGGCUUCCUCCCAGUCAUACUGCCCCCCUACCUACAGCGCCACCAGCUACAGCGUGGAUCCUGUCACCGCAGGCUACCAGUACAGCCAGUACGGCCAGACUGCUGUAGACUACCUAGCUAAGAACGUGAGCUUGUCCACCCAGAGGAGGAUGAAACUUGGAGACCACUCAGCCGUGCUGGGACUUCUGCAGGUGGAGACGGGACAGGCCUACUGA